GCCGCUGGUGCUGUGCCCCCAGCCCCGGCCGCGCCUGCAGGUGACCCUACGCUCAUUCCUGCCGCCUCCGGGACCUCGGUCGACCCUCCACCAGCUCCUCCAAGUAGUCCUGAGUCUGCUGCUGGGGCGACCGAGACUCCCUCGCCGGCAAUGCUGGAACUCGCUCGUCUCGUCGUGGGUGUUGCCCGUUCACCUCCAACUCGAGUCAACGCUGCUCUCGACCACAGCCUGCAAGCUGCUACUAACGUCGGUGAGGUGCUGGCUGCUGCCGUUGCUCCUCCGCGUCUCCCUCUUGCGGAGGCUGAUGAACUGGUGGCCCUCCGCCGCGAGAAUGACCGGCUGCAGGCAGAGCUCUCCGACGCCAAAGAUAAACUCGCUGAAGAGAUGAACCUGCGGACCAAGUCGGACUACUUCCUCGUCUCGGCCAACUCCGAGUGCGACCAAGCUCUGGACCUCGCCCAGGACAUGCGCGUCCAGCUCAGCAACGCCAGCGCUCAGUUGAUGCAAGCGAACGCGGCCAUCGCUCACCUCGCUGACGUCACUCAGUCGUUGGAGAAGCGGACGCUCGUUGCUGAGGCCGAUUCGGCCGCUGCUGUACGUCGGAACACCCAGCUCCACGAGCGUAUAAGUGCAAGCCUCGUUACCUACAACACUCAGUUGGAGAGGCUUCGGAAGCAGUUGGCCGACCGCGACCGAGCAAACGUCAUCCCCGCACGCAUUCAAGCGUUGACGGACGAGAACAACAGCUUGCGGCGAGCGAAUUCUAUCCUUCGUCGGCACUCGGCAGCACACGGACUCGACAUCGACACCUUGGUCCUGGCCUCAGCCGGCAUCUCCGCCGCAGAGAUUGAUUGGAAUCUUCUCGGGCUGUCCCCACCGACGGUCACUGUCGAGAGUCCACGCCAUGCCGAAUCCUCGUCAGAGGAGGGAGAGGAGUCCAAGACGACCGACGUGCCGAUAGCUGAGUCCACCGAG